GACGGAUGCUCACUUUCCGGUAGUGUGAAGCACCAUAAACUCUAUAUUAGGUCUGGCGUUGAGCAUAGUCAGUCACAAUAGGCACCGAAUGAGGAUGGUUGUGGCACAGAUCUGCAUCAUCGAGUAUAGCUUCACAAUACCCUAUGCGAAGAGGACAUCGGCGACGGACACCUAUAGGUCCGCUCAGACAUGCCGAUAGGAGUCCUUAACACACGUUUAUACAUAAAUACAUAUGACAUUUGCUUCGCCAAGAGAAAUAAUGGCAGCACUCCAGCACUCCAGCACUACCCAAAUGGCCUCGACGAUCCGUCCAAAGAAGCGCCUAAACCACUCCUACGAGAUCGGCCGCCUGGCAGCCACGGGAGUGGCUCGAAAUUUCCAAGGAUCAUACACACGGCAGUCGAAAAUCGCAUAUUUCUGCGCAGAAUGGUGUGCUGGCUUGCGCCGAACGGCGUAACGCAGUUCGUCGAUCUGGGCUCGGCACCUUCCACCACGGCAGGCACGCAAGAGACUGUGCUAAAGGUUGCGCCUGAUGUGCGGGUGUUGUACGUUGACGCUGACGUGAGUGCAGUGAACGAGGGGCAGAAGUAUAUCCGCGAGACGGGAUGCGAGGAGCAAGUCGGCAUGAUUCAAGCAAGUGCGCUGGACCCAGAUGCGGUCAUUGAGGAUCCCUAAGCACAGCGUGACAUUGACUUCACAAAGCCUGUGGCUGUGAUGAUGGUUGCGCUCAUACAUUUCUGGUCACCAGCUCAGUACACGCCUGCGCUAGACCAUU